UGAAAAGUGAAUCAAAUUGAAUUGAAUGAAAAUUGUUGAGGAGAAAGGAUGGAUAUUAUUAGUGGCAUAACAACCCCUUGCGGGUCUAAUCUUGAAACUGGGUCAUUGCAACUAUUUUUAACUUUGAUAAAUACUUUAACGGCCGCUCAAUGCCCCCUUGGUUCCAAAGACUCCUAUCCGGAAGAUUAUAGUUCGAAUUUGGGUGACGGCGACGAAUUUGAUUUUAUAAUAAUAGGUGCGGGUUCUUCGGGUUCCGUCCUUGCCAACACACUUUCCGAACAAAGCGAUCGACUAGUAUUGGUUUUAGAAGCAGGCAUCUAUCCUUCCGCGAAUAGUGAUAUACCGUCAACUGCAUAUGGUGUGCAACAAAGUCGAGAAGACUGGAUGUAUCUGACUGAACCAUCCAACACUUCCUGUUUUGGUUAUAUAGACGGAAGGUGUCGUUGGCCUCGUGGAAAACUGCUAGGCGGUUGCAGUUCUAUGAACGCCAUGAUGUAUAUCAGAGGAAAUAAGGGAGAUUAUGACGAAUGGGCGGACUUGGGAAAUGUCGGUUGGGAUUAUGAAAGCAUAUUGCAGUUGUAUUUAGAAAAUGAACACGUGAUUUCACAACCCAAUAACAGCAAUGCGGAAUACGGGAAGGAUGGAUUUCAAAUCAUAAGUUGGUAUGACAACAAUAAUUUGGUUUCUCGAGCCAUCACUGAUGGGGCUAGCGAGUUGGGUUAUCCCACUCUUCUAACUGAAAAUCCUUUGAGCCCUCUUGGAUAUUUUCAGGCCUUGGUAACAAUUAACAAUGGGGUUCGAGCUAACGCAGCAAGAGGAUUUUUGGGUCAAGUAAAAAAUAGGACAAACCUGUUCGUCGCCACUAACGUAACUGUUACCAAAGUACUAAUAGACCAAGACUUAAAAGCGACCGGUGUGCAAAUCAAAGUUGGGGAUGAUCUUCUAGAAAUUAACGCCUCGAAGGAAGUAAUUGUAUCUGCUGGUAGUAUAAAUACGCCACAAAUACUAAUGUUGUCUGGGGUGGGCCCUCUAUCUCAUCUCAAUGAUCUUGGAAUUAAAGUCCUUCAAGAUUUGCCAGUUGGACAAAAUCUGCAAGAUCAUUUAUAUAUACCUGUACCUGUACAAAUGAAUGGAUCCGCGGUAACAAAUCAGCCCCGCUCAGCCGCAAUUGAUAAUUUAUAUCAAUAUUUUUCAUAUCGUACUGGCCCCGUUGGUACGUUAGGUAUGUCCAACCUUCAAGGAUUUAUUAAUACGAAGAACAACUCAAUUUAUCCUAAUAUGCAAGUAGUCGAAAGCUUUAACCCUCCUGGCGACCAAAAUGGGCUACCAGCAUUUCUCAGAGUUACAGGUUACUCACCAGAAAUUGCCCAACAAUAUGUCGAAAUAAAUCGAUUAAAUGCCAGUGCUAGCUUCUAUUCAAUUUUACUGAAGCCAGAAUCUAGAGGUAGUAUUUUGCUCAAUAGCACUAAUCCUUUAGAUAAACCUUUGAUAUAUUCCGGAUAUCUUACGGAUGAAAAUGACUACGAUCUGGAAACACUUUUGGAGGGCGUAAGGUAUACCCAAAGAUUACUGCAGACAAAUCCACUACGAAAACUUAAUGCGACAACAGUUCCCUUAAUACUUCCAAAUUGCCCAGAAUUGGAAUUCGAUACAGAUGAUUACUGGAAAUGUUUUAUCAGAACUUUAGGGAGCACUUUAUACCACCCAGUGGGAACAUCCAAGAUGGGACCGGAUUCGGACCCAACUUCCGUAGUGGAUCCAAGGUUGAGAGUUCGUGGAAUUAGUAAUUUAAGGGUCGCCGAUGCAAGCAUUAUGCCCAGAAUUAUAAGUGGAAAUACCAAUGCCAUUUCUUUGGCAAUUGGACUAAAUGCUGGCAAGCUAAUUAACGAAGAUUGGAGUUAACUAUCACAUUAAUUUUAUGUUUUGAUUAGUUUUUGUAUUUUAAUAAAUUUUUAU